CCGCAAUUCCGGCGCUGACGGGCCGCGCCAUUUCCCUCCCUUUUAGCGCCCGUCGCCCCAGGCUGCUCAUCCGGAAAGGGGGCGCUCUGUUCCCCAAGGUCUGAGCAAGGAAGCUGGGCGUCCAGGACGGCCUUCUCGCCCGAAGGCAGCUAGGCUGCAGCGGACACGCUAGGCGCUCGGUGGGAGCCCGAGGAUCCCCGCUCCAGGAGCCUAGGCCGGAAGCUGCGCCGCCCGCUUCCGCGUCAGCCGGAAGUGCCUGCCACUUGAGGCAGAGGACUUCCGGUCAUUCAGAUUCUGGGAGAUAAGUUUCCAUGCACUUUGGUGGCACAGAAAAUUGACCUGCCGGAGUACCAGGGAGAGCCUGAUGAGAUUUCCAUACAGAAGUGUCGGGAGGCAGCUCGCCAGGUGCUUGCUCCUCGUACGGGGGCCUGUACUGGUGGAGGACACCUGUCUGUGCUUCAAUGCCCUCGGGGGCCUCCCUGGCCCCUACAUAAAGUGGUUUCUGGACAAGUUAAAGCCUGAAGGUCUCUACCAGCUCCUGGCUGGGUUCGAGGACAAGUCUGCCUACGCGCUCUGCACGUUCGCACUCAGCACCGGGGACCCCAGCGAGCCAGUGCGCCUGUUCAGGGGCCGGACCUUGAUGUGGAAGCUGAAGGUGACCGCUCCCGGAGCUGCACGGACAGCCCAAAUUUCUUCCAGCUCCCAUCCCUGUCCAAGUGUUGAGGGCCAGAUCGUGGCGCCCCGAGGCUGCCGAGACUUUGGCUGGGAUCCCUGCUUUCAGCCUGAUGGAUAUGAGCAGACGUCCCACUGUUUCCUGUCAACAGAUGACAAAGCUGAUCAAACAUGCAGCUCGUCCCCCUGUCUCUGGCUUCCCGUAACGACUUUUGGACACAAUUGGGUAUGCAGAGAUGCCCAAGGCGGAGAAGAACACCAUUUCCCAUCGCUUCCGGGCCUUGCUUGAGCUGCAGAAGUACUUCGGCGGCCUCGCUCCCCCGGUAGUUGGUGGUGAUUGCCCCGGCCGGGGAGCUGGGGAAGGCUAGCCUGCCACCUCCGCCAUCAGACGGGCAGCCCUCCAAGUACUGCCGUACGGAUCACCGCUUCCUGGGGCGGGGGGGUUGAGACAGCCUCACCAGCCCUGGAGGAGCAGCUGGCUCAGCUGGGAGAAACUUGGGGCCCUUGGGGAUUCAGUGGGCCCUCCUACAGCCUCCUGGCCUGGGAUCCUGAAAGGACCUGGGCUGUGAACCUGGCCGCAGCAGGCCCGAGGGUUCGGGAAGAACCCCACAAAUCGCCCUCGACGUUUUUAAAGGGUUAGAAAUAAAAAUACUGGAAGGCACUUUCCUCCAGAAUAAACUGGAUAUAUCAGCUUUGAAACCUGC